AUGGCAAAGGAGACCGCUUCAAAUCCCACGGUCAGGAUUCUGGUGAUAGGGACAGCGGGCGCCGGGAAGAAUUGCCUGGAGUCGAGAUUUACGACAUCGCAGUACCCUCCUCCUUACGACCCAUCCCUCACACUAUGCAGCCGACGCUUCCUCACCCUCGAGCCAAAGCCGUCGAGUGAUGGUGGCUCCCGGGCAUCGAGGCUCCCCGGCCUACGCGUCUCGACAGACUUCCACGGGUCCACGCGUUCUCUUCUAUCACCACCAGACUCCGCAGGCCCAGCAAGCCCCAUCUCGGACCCAGUGUCGCCAAUAUCCUUCGUCAGCACGACGUCGACAAUCAACACCAGCACGACAAGCAUACCCACUUCAGCUUCCUUCGGCCACGAGCUCGAACUACCCAAGCCACAGCCAUGCGCCAAGUGCGUACACAGAGCCAGCACGUACCUCGUAGAGGUGGUCAACUACCCAGCCCUCCAGUCCGCCAAGGUGCGGCAGCACGUCCUCGCCAAGGGCGAAUACGACGCCGUGCUCCUCGUGUACGACGUCUCGGACCGGAGGAGCUUCGAAAAGGUCCGCGAGUUCCACGCCGAGGUGCCCCUCAUCAGCAGUACCAGCACCAAGCACCACAGGAGGCAGAGGUCGCACGUGCCGAGGAGGCACUCCGGCCCGCCGACUGGGUCGUCUCUGCAGAGGAGGGGCAGCGUGAUGAGCUUCUUCAGCCCGGGCGGCGGGCUGGCCGGGCCUGAGGAGGACGUGGAGGCCGGGAAGGGAUCAGGCGAUAAUGUGGUGGUCGCGCUCGUGGGUAACAAGGCUGACAUUGGCGAUGGGGACUCCAACCUGUCUGAAGAGGACGGGCUAGUUGAUCAGGAUGACGACUUUGACGACGACUGCGAGUCCGCCAUAGCUGUCUUCGGGGACACUCUGCACCGCGACCUCCGCGAGGAUGCUAAGCUUGGCGCGGCGUGGUCGGUCCUGGGGACCACCAACAGGUCGAAGCCAUCUCACGCAGAAAGCUCCGAGACCGUCGAGCGGUGGCUGCAGGUUCUCGGGAAGGCGUCAGAGGAGGACGAAGAAGAUGGGGACCAUGAACCGUCGGCCUCGGAAACCGCAGUCACCAAGGCCAAGCCAGGGAGAUCGGUCUCUCAAGCCGAGGGCGAGGACCUGGCCAGGUCGCUGGAUCUGCAGGUUCCGUUCUUUGAGACGAGCGCCAGGAUGGGGACGAACGUCGAGGAGGCAUUCGAGGCGGUCCGCCACGCCUCCACGACAGAGCUCGCAAAGAGGUGCAGGGAUAAGCACGAGGCCGAGCAGCAGAAGCGUGCCAACCGGUCAUCGAGACCGGUGGACCGGAUGGCACCAAGCGCAGGACCAUCACGGGGGCAGGGAAACCACGGGCGCCUGGUCCUUGAGACCAAGCUCGACGGGCAGGAGCACACGGCUCACCUGGAGCGGCCUGCGUUGGUCGCGAACGUCCCGGGCCGCGAGAACAUUCCGCGGAGGGAGAGCUUCAUGGACCGCAUGCGGAGGAUACUCACGUCCGAAGAGGCCCGUGGUGGGGAUGGCGCGCGUGGCUCUGCGAAUGGCCCUCCUGACUUCCCUCGAGAGGUAGGACAUUGUCUGUAA